GGGAGUGGGUGAGGAGCAAAGAGCGCGGUGUGACUUUGCCCUGCUGGCCACCAGACACCCUUCAGUGUGGAGCGGUGGUGACAGAGCCCUGAGGGGGAGACUUUGCUUUAGGGCGCGGUAGGAGCGCCAGGGGUCCUUCAGGGAAGGACACGUUUGUGCAGAGGUUUUUCUCGCGCGCUGGGCCCUCCUCGGCGGAGGCUGGCCUUGCCCCGCCCCGGGGUCGGGUGGCUUUUGCGCCUGCGCGCCGCCGCGCCCUCCUGAAGUCCACCUCUUCCGGCCGCCUCUUGGGGGCGUGGCGGCGCUGGCAAGAUGGCGGCGCCCGGGAUAAUGAAGUUUCCGGAGAAACGGAGCCACAAAAAGUACAGGGCCGCCUUGAAGAAGGAGAAACGAAAGAAACGUCGGCAGGAACUCGCUCGAUUGAGAGACUCAGGACUCUCACAGGAGGAAGAGGAGGAGGAAGAAGAGGCUUUUAUUGAAGAAAAGCAACCAGAAGAAGAGGACCUGUUGGAAAUCGAGAGGCAAAAAUUACAUGAGGAAUGGUUGCUGCGGGAGCAGAAGGCUCAAGAGGAGUUCAGAAUAAAGAAGGAAAAAGAAGAGGCAGCUAGAAAACGGCAGGAAGAACAAGAGAGAAAGUUAAAGGAAGAAUGGGAAGAACAGCAGAGAAAAGAGAGAGAAGAGGAGGAGCAGAAACUACAAGAGAAGAAAGAACGAGAGGAAGCUGUGCAGAAGAUGCUGGAGCAAGCUGAAAAUGAGCUGGAAAAUGGUGCCACGUGGCAAAACCCAGAACCUCCCACGGACUUGAGAAUAAUGGAGAAAGAUCGCGCCAACUGUCCAUUCUACAGUAAAACUGGAGCUUGCAGAUUUGGAGAUAGGUGUUCACGGAAACACAACUUCCCCACCUCGAGCCCCACCCUUCUCAUUAAAAGCAUGUUUACAACAUUCGGUAUGGAGCAGUGCCGACGGGAUGACUAUGACCCUGAUGCCAGCCUGGAGUACAGUGAAGAGGAAACCUACCAGCAGUUCCUAGACUUCUAUGAGGAUGUGCUCCCCGAAUUCAAGAAUGUGGGGAAAGUGAUCCAGUUCAAGGUCAGCUGCAACUUGGAACCUCACCUGAGGGGCAAUGUGUAUGUUCAGUAUCAAUCGGAAGAAGAAUGUCAAGCAGCCUUUUCCCUGUUUAAUGGCCGAUGGUAUGCCGGGCGACAGCUUCAGUGUGAAUUCUGCCCCGUGACCCGAUGGAAAAUGGCAAUUUGUGGUCUGUUUGAAAUACAACAGUGUCCAAGAGGGAAACACUGCAACUUCCUUCACGUGUUCAGAAAUCCCAACAACGAGUUCUGGGAAGCGAACAGAGACAUUUACCUAUCCCCGGACCGGCCGGCGCCCCCCUUCGGCAAGAGCUCAGACAGGGACCGUCGGGAGCGGCCAGGCCACCAUGAGGACUACUACGGAAGGCCGCGCCGCAGGCGGAGUGCCAGCCCGGCCCAUGCCUACAAGAGGAACGGGGAGGCCGACAAGAGGAGGAGGAGCAGCCACCGGGGGAAGAAGUCGCGCAAACACGGGGCCCGCAGCCGUGAAAGGCAUAGCUCCCGCAGUAGGGGCAGGAAACGGGACCGAAGUCGGGCGCGGCGCAGCCAGAGCCGGGACAGCCGCAGCCACAGCCACCGGAGGCCCAGCCGCAGCCGCAGCCGCAGCCGCAGCCGCAGCCGCAGCCGCAGCCGCAGCUCCUCGAGGUCCCGCAGCCGCGGCAGGAGGAGGUCAGGUAGUAGAGACAGAACUAAUCACAGCCCCAAAUCCAAAUAAACCGCAUCAUUGGCAAGUGCUUGUAGGUAUUUAUUAUGGCUGCUGCAUAGUGGCUA